UUCAAUACUUGGCUGCAUGGUACAGCACCUGUACUGUGAAAUAACUAGAACUACAGGCGUGAGCACUCUCAUUUUCUCUCUGUUAGUAAUGUAAUUAUAUAUCUUAUAUUGGCUGCACUGACAUUCUCGAUAGUUCAUGUCAGUGUAUAUAUCAGAUAAUUUAGUGAAACUUAACUUACAUUGAAGUCCCACUAUGUUUUGUUUAUAAAUAAAACAUUAAUGUAUUCUGUAUUUAAAUAAGUGAAAGAACAUAUAUAAAAGACAGAAAUGGAUUUUCAAAAUCGUCCAGGAGGCAAAACUGGCGGCGGAGGUGUCGCGUCCUGGUCAGAAAGUAACCGAGAUAGAAGAGAACGGUUACGACAACUUGCUUUGGAGACUAUUGACCUCAACAAGGAUCCAUAUUUUAUGAAAAAUCAUUUAGGUUCUUAUGAAUGUAAAUUAUGUUUAACUCUUCACAAUAAUGAGGGCAGUUAUUUGGCCCAUACACAAGGUAAAAAGCAUCAAGCUAACCUAGCUAGAAGAGCUGCUAAAGAAGCAAAGGAAGCUCCUCAAACACUUGCUCCUGAAAAACCUCGAGUAGAACCAAAAAAAUUUGUAAAGAUUGGAAGACCAGGUUAUAGAGUAACUAAACAAAGAGAUCCAGAAUCAGGACAACAAAGUUUAUUAUUCCAAGUUGACUAUCCAGAAGUUGCAGAUAAUGUUAUUCCAAGACAUAGGUUUAUGUCAGCAUAUGAACAGAGAGUUGAACCACCAGAUCGUAAAUGGCAAUAUUUAUUGUUUGCUGCUGAGCCUUAUGAAACUAUAGCUUUCAAGGUACCUAGUAGAGAAGUCGAAAAGGCAGAAGGCAAGUUUUGGACACAUUGGAACAAAGAUACAAAACAGUUCUUUUUACAAUUUGCAUUUAAAAACGAAAAGCCUUCAGUUAGUAAGGUGCCACCACCUCCAGUUCCUCUAAUACGACCUGGUUUAGGACCAUCUAUGGUACCAGUACCACCACCACCAAGACCACCUAUAUUUAAUCCAGUACCACCACCACCAGCACUUUUAGCCACUGGUAUGCAAAUACCUCCACCACCACCUCAUUUAGCAUAAUUUUUUAUUCAGAUACAACAAUGCGGAGAAAGGUUAUAAAUCAAUAUCGAAAUGUACAUUCUAUAAAAAUAAAAAUGUUUUCGUGCAUAAAAGAAAUGUGAGGAGUCAUUGUUAUACUGUAUUUUUCUUUGUCCUUUGCUAUUAUAAUUUUGUAUACUUAUUACUAAUAAAAUUAGUAUCCU